AGUGGGUGUGCCCCACCAGGUUGUUCCAUUGGCCAAGGUGGGGCCAUGGGCAAGAGAGAUAUUGAUGACGACGACGAUGAUAGAGGCAAAAGGUCGAGAUUCAGCGGAUUCGGCGGCUUCUCCAACAGUGCUCCGCCUGACGAUGGCCAGCCUGCGGAGAUCCAGCUCGAUCAGAUGCUGGCAGGGUUCAUGCCAGCGGGGGGCGCAGCAGCACCCGGCUUCGGCACAAAUAUAGGUCCAAUCCCGGACAUCGAUCCCUUGAAACCAGCCACCACCCCGAUGGAUUUCUCAAGGCUCGGGAACAGCCUGCCCAGUGAGGAAUUUCCGGUGCCGAGGGACAUGGUUGAGUACCUGAUGACGCCGGAGAAUAGACAAAUCAUUCUGGAGGAGACCGGCUGUGAUGUAGACUGGGCGCCGGAUGAGUCGAAGGUUCACUUGAAGGGCUCCGCCGAGCAGAUCCGCAAGGCUCAGAGGCUUCUCCAGAGAGUGCUGAUGCACUGCAACUGGGGCCGUAGUGAGAACAAGGUUCGGCGACUGCUGAAGCCACCGAUUAUAGAGUCGGCCGUGGUUCGGAUGUCGCCAAUGAACACACUUCCACCUGGCCAGAAGACCUUGAGUCAGACGCAGCCGGUUCUUGUCAUCGGAAAGGACAAAGCCAGCGACAUUGCCAUCCCGGCCGCAAUCGUGUCCAGACAACACUGCGCGCUCGAGCUGGACAUGGAGCGUGGAGCUGUGUAUGUCAUAGAUUGCAGCACCAACGGCACCUUCUUGAACGGCCUCAGGCUUCCGCCGAAGUCCAGCGGAAAGGUGCUGGUGUCACAUGGUGAUGAGCUUUUGCUACAAGACCCUGCGAACGGAGACCAGGAGUUUGGUUAUGUGGUCAACAUACAGGAGCUGAAUGUCAGGGAGCGUGCCAAGCUCCAGGCCCCGCGACGGCUGCUCACCACUGAAGAGUCUGCCACCAUGGGGCGAGACUUCCAGUGAGAGCGUGCAAUGCUGGGAUGGUGCAACGAGCAGUCGCAGCAUAAAAGCAGA